GAGGCUUGAAAAAAAAUAUGUGAUUCAAGGUGAAACACGCAUACAACAAAACGAUGCGUUUUGGUGUUUGUUAACGGCUGCAUUGGCGAGUGAACCGCUAAGAGUAAAUUUCAACAAAUAGCCAGAGCUGCGCAAUCCUUUCUCUUUUAUGCCGCCAUCACAUGAACCCUCUGCUGUAGCAACUCUCAUUCAAAUAUGCAGCUCCAUAAGCUCGCUAAAAAGAGCGCGUCAACUUCACGCUCUCAUCCUUACUACUGCCACACCCAUCAACGUCCAAACUCCAUAUCUACUCAACAAUGUAAUAACAAUGUACUGGCGGUGCGGCUCACUGAGAGACGCACAACGGGUGUUCGAUGGAAUGCCAAGCAGAAGUCUGGUUUCAUAUAAUGCCCUCAUUGCAGCCUAUUCUCGUGAUCGUAAUUGUGGAAAUAUGGCCUUCAAAUUAAUGUCCCGAAUGGAAUAUGAAUGCAUGACGCCUAAUGGCUCGACUUUCACGAGCCUGGUACAGGCGGCUUUGUCGCUUGAGGAUCGGUUGAUGGGAUCAUUACUUCAUAACCAAGUAAUGAAACACGGAUUCUUGAAUAAUAUCUGUGUUCAAACAUCUUUAUUAGGGAUGUACUCGAGUUGUGGAGAUUUAGCAUCCGCCAAGAGAAUUUUCGCUUGUAUAAAUAAUAAAGACGCCAUUGCUUGGAAUAGUAUAAUUUUUGGGAAUUUUAAGAAUGAUAUGAUAAAUGAAGGGCUUUAUCUAUUUGGCGCAAUGGUGAGGUCGGGGGUAACUCCUAACCAAUUCACAUAUUCAAUGGUUUUAAAUGCUUGUAGCAGAGUUGGAGAUUAUAAUUGUGGAAAAUUUAUUCAUGGCCGAGUAAUCAUAUCAAACUUAAAUGCUGAUUUGCCUUUACAAAAUGCCUUGCUUGACAUGUACUUUAAUUGCGGUGCCACUCAAACAGCCUUUAGUGUUUUCAGUCGCAGUGAAAAUGUAGAUUUAGUUUCAUGGAACACAAUGAUUGCUGGGUAUAUGGAAAAUGGAGAUGGGGAAAAGGCAAUGGAUAUGUUUGUUCAGCUGCUGAGACUGUCGUUUCCUGAACCUGAUGAGUAUACUUUUGCGGCCAUCAUAUCCGCAACUUGUGCUUUCCCGGCUUCUUAUUAUGGGAAACCUUUGCAUGCUUUGGUUUCAAAAGCUGGAUAUGAUAGGAGCGUUUUUGUAGGAACUGCACUAUUGUCUAUGUAUUUCAAAAACGGUGAAGCCAAAUCUUCUGAGAAAAUAUUUCACUUGAUUUCAGAAAAGGAUGUUGUUCUGUGGACAGAGAUGAUCAUUGGUCAUUCUAGAAUGGGUGAUGAGGAAUGUGCAAUUAAAUAUUUCUGUGAAAUGUGUCAAGAAGGCCACAAGAUCGAUAGCUUUGCUCUUAGUGGAGCUUUAAGUGCAUGUGCUGACCUUGCAAGUUUGAAGCAAGGUGAGAUGAUUCAUUCCCAGGUUAUGAAAACACGAUAUGAUGUUGAGAUGUCUGUUUGUGGGAGUCUGGUGGAUAUGUACGCCAAAAAUGGUGAUCUUCAAGCUGCUCAGUCAAUAUUUAGUCAAGUUCGGGAUCCUGAUUUGAAGUGCUGGAAUGCAAUGCUUGGUGGAUAUAGUCAGUUUGGAAUGGCAGAGGAGGCAUUAAGUUUCUUUGAGGCGAUCCUAAGACGAGGUCUAAGACCAGAUCAAGUAACAUUUUUGUGUCUGUUGUCUGCUUGCAGCCACAGUGGGUUUGUUGAGAGAGGGAAGGUUCUGUGGAAUCAUAUGAAGGAAUAUGGCAUAAUUCCGGGGCCAAAACAUUACGCUUGCAUGGUAAGUUUGUUAAGUCGAGCAGGACUGCUAAAUGAGGCAGAAAAUUUGAUUAUUGAGGCCCCUUAUAAUGAAAACCUUCUGGAACUGUGGAGAACUUUGCUAAGCUCAUGUGUCAAUAAUAGAAAUUUCAUGAUGGGAACUCAUGCAGCAGAGCAAGUUUUAGGAUUGGAUUCUGAGGAUAGUGCUACAUAUAUCUUGCUUUCCAAUCUUUAUGCUGCUGUGGGAAGAUGGGACGGUGUUGCAGCAAUGAGGAGAAAGAUGAGAGGUUUGGUGCUGGAAAAGGAUCCAGGUCUGAGCUGGAUUGAGGCUGGAAGUGAUGUUCAUGUGUUCUCUUCUGGCGAUCAAUCACACCCCAAGGUUGGCGAAACUCAAGCUGAACUACAUAGACUACAAGGGAACAUGCGAAAAUCCAUAACAGAUGAAUUUGAUGCCAACUGUUAUUAACAUGGUACGUAGGGAAGGGACAAGUUGCAAGUGAGAAGCCGGUAAAAUCAAUAACUGGCAGAAGCACUAAAGCUCCUCUUCAUGAGUCGAAAUUGGUGAUGAUCAUCUGAAAUUCCUGCAUAAUCAGAGCCCAGGCCCCAAUUCAAAAGAAAUGAACAAUUGACCUGCCCUUAGAUGCUCAGCUCACCAGGGAUAUGAAUACGUACUCCCAUGUUUUGGAAAUUCUAAAAGGUCCCUUUGCUCAGCCAAUGAAGCAUAGUUGAAGUGCAAUGAGAGGUCGAUUGAUGCAGUCUAAAGAAAUAUUUUGAGAGAGCAUGCAAUCAAGGACACACAUGUCCAGUCCUUCUGGCAACCCGCCACUACCAGAUCCAAUUCUAUCAGUGGCUUAUUCUAUGACGUAACCAUCAACAAUUAACUUUAACCAAAUUGCAGAUUUGGUACCCAGGCAUCUUUUUUCAGCUUUCUUGUCAGAUUGUUAAUU